UUUAAAAGGUUCCGCGUACCUGUUUGGCUCCAACGCUGAGUGCGCGGUAGCGCCAACAAACAACAAAUGUUAGGAUACGCCACUUGAGCAAUACCAUUGCUUUCGGGCCUAUAACUUCACUAAGCAAGUUCCUGGAAGUGGAACGCUGCUGAUAACUACAUGAGGAGUCACCAAGAAGGAAGUAGCAAAUGCCAUGCGCUAUAGCUCGCUGAGUCUUCUAUAGAUAACAAGCAACGGUUGACCUGAGGUUUGCGCGAAGCCGGUCGGUCAGCCCCACAUGGAGGACCGGCGACGGGCAUGGUGGACAGGGAGGCUUCGCCAUGCGGCGUGCUGCUUAGCUUUGCUAAUAGGCCUUUCCUGGAGCAGUACAGCUCUAGGGAGCCCGAGCGGCAUUCCAUGCCCCUUCACGUCGUGGCGGGCGGCUAUCAUUGCUCUGAGCUCCACGACUGCGUGCCGUGGUUGCGACUUUGAAGACUGUGUGUUGAGCUGCCAGAGGUGUGCAUUUGGGCUGCCGGCAGCUGUCGACCUGCAGACAUGCCCAAAGGCCGGCACACCGCGCAUCUACCUCACCCCGACUGGGCUGGUGUGCAUUCGAAAGGGGGGUGUGCGGCCGCUUGCAGGGCUGAACGGCACUGCCCCCCCGCCGGUGCAGCAGUUCGGACCCCCGCCGCCGCUGGAGGUGGUUACGGCGUCGGUGUCAGAUGCCGAGGUGCAGAUCCUAACGGGGCACGACCGUCCGCAUGACCUUAUAAACUUUACUGACAUGGACGCAGUUGCGGAGACGGAGGAGUAUGCUGUGCUGUUAUCGCAAAAGGUGGACAAUGCCACUGAUUUUGUACGGCAGGUUGCGAGCAGCGCCACGGACCCGCUCACAGCCAGUCUGCGCACGGGCGAUGUGAUAGACCUCAGCGUCACGGCCACGGUGGAGGGUAGUGGGCGGCGGCGUCACCUGCUAGAAGCGGCGCAUGGCAGCCGGCGCAGUCUGCUCGACUUUAGCUCGCUGUUGUUGGGACGCGGCAGUCUCAAUAUCUCAAACAUCCAACUCAAAAAGAGUAACGGCGGCAAGGACUUCGUGGUUGGCGGCAAGCCCGUCAACAUCACGUCGCUUACGUUCCUGGUCCGCAUGUGCGGCAAGGAACUGAACUUUGGCCAGCAGGACAUUCAGAAGAUAUACUUUAACAAGUUUGCCGGUGCCGGCGUGUACACGUUGCAACGGCAGCAUGAAGUGUGCUCCUUUAACAAGCUGCUGUUCCCGCCCGAAACCAACCUCAUCUUCGGUCCCAUCGACAUUCCGUGCCAGGCUACCGUGACAGCCAGCACCACGGCCACAAACAACACGGGCGGCAAGGGCGACGUGUCGAAGCUCACCAUGUACCAAUAUGACAUGACGACCGCGUGCAACGACGUAGAGAAGUACGGCGUGUGGGAGCUGGCCAAGCAGUGGCUGCAGAGGAACCAGCCCGCUGUAUACUCUAACAUCCGCUUCUACAAGCGGAAGGUCAUGAUGCUGAGCUUUGCGGACCAGUGCGCAUGGAAGGGUCUAGGCAAUACGGGCUGCGGCGACGGGCACUGCAUGUCUUGGCACCGCGUGCCUCCCAGUUACGUCGCCGAGGGCUCCUGGGGCGCCACCUCGCCGGACAUGACUGCGUUGUUCCACGAGCUGGGGCACAACAUUGGCCUCAACCAUGCGAGCAGGGUCUACAGCACUCCUGGUCUGGACACAAGUGUCUAUGGCGACGUGACGGAUCCCAUGGGAUCUGGCUAUCCGGACCCCACACGAGUCAAGCUGGGCCCCGUGUGCUUCACGGCGCCUCAGGCGUACAAGGCGGGAUGGUACAGCCCCAUCGACAAUCCAGAUUACAUCGACCCAAUGCUGGACGGCGUGGCGACAGCAGACUUCAACCUGUGGACGCUACAAGCCGGCAAGACGUACACGUUCACGCUGCCCUCCAUGCACCUGUCCGACAAGAACUACAUCCGCAUUAGCCUCAACACCCUCAACAACGUCAAGCUGCAGAGCGCCGUCUUUCUCAGCUACCGGGUGCGCCAGGGCCCCGGCGGCUUUGACCAUGCAAUGCGCCCGGCAUUCAACGGCGCGGUCAUGCUCCAUGAGUACAACGGCACCGCGAGCGCAAAGCCGGACUCUGUUGGCGUCAUGACGGGGCUGAGGGCGCUGCUGCGGCCGAUUGGUGGCAAGAUUCCAGACCUGCAAUCUAACAAGCAGCAAUUCGAGUUUGUCCUGUCGUACCGCUCCCCCCAAUACACCACGGGCCCCGAGGUUUCGCGGUUGGUUGCGCGCAUGGCAACGACAGCAGCUGAUUACAGGCUAGCUUCACCGCCCAAUACGGUCAAAAUCGGAUUGUGCAGGGCCAACAUUGAUGCAUUCACUUCUGACUUGGCCAACGAGGACACGUGCAACGACGACUUCGACCGCGACUGCAACGGCGUCUUGGACAGCGAGGAGGCUGUGUGCGAGCCGUUUAGGUUCCGCCGCCUGUUGCGGCAGCGUGGCCCCUUACGACAUGCCAUUUGACGGGCUGUACAGGAGCCUGAGCGGUGCGCACGUGUGACCGGAAACACUCUUGCAAGUCAAGAUGACAAGUUCGUUGUGCGGGCAGCGCCACGCGCGUGCGCACGGUGGCGGCCCCUAGCUGAGUGACGGACUCACGGUUAUGUCAAGAGGAGAUGGAACCGAGUGUGUGCUGCGCUGCGAGUGGCAAAGAGGGGGCUUAUGGCGCUGUGCUUCCCAGCUGCAUUGGCAGAAAGGGGAGUGAAAUGCGAUGGUGAACUGAGCGUGUGCUUCAUCCAUUCAUCGGUGGACCCUGGGUGGACAGGAGUUCGCUGUGCUGACUGUGCUGCGUGGCAUAUGCACCACGUGCUUGGUCACACGCGGGAUCCUAUGCAUGCAAAUCCCCUCGACCCAGCCCACCCCGCGUUCAACUCUCUGCCCUUUGAUGUAUGGACAGCGUGCAUGGGCAGCCUUGUUGACCAUGAAUUCAUGCGGUCCAGCGCUUGAGAGCCCCGCCACGUCAGCGCGCACUUGUCGAAUAUGGGCAUUCCAGGCCCCUA